UAGAAAAAAGAAGACUGAGUCUAAAAGGGAACUCCAGCCUAGUUUGGGCGUUCUCUCCAGCGCGCCGCACCCUCGCUUCCUGGCGGGGAGGGGUGGCCAGGCUUCGCGAGUGCCCGAGCAUCGAGAGCUGCGGCUAGAGCAGCUUCCUGAAGUCUCCGCGACCAUAGAGCGCGGGCCCAGGGCGCCGCCGGCGGGUGGGGGACGUUUCCAGGACGGAAGUGGACCAGAGUGUCGAAGGGAGGGCGAGGCCGGAGCCCCAGAGCAACCCAGAGAACGAGCGGGUAGCGGGCCGGCGGGCGGGGCGCAGAGCCGGGCAGCGCAGGUACAGCCAGGCUGAAGAGCAGAAGCGUCACCAUGGUUGCCCUUUCGCUGAAGAUCAGCAUUGGGAAUGUGGUGAAGACGAUGCAGUUUGAGCCGUCUACCAUGGUGUAUGAUGCCUGCCGCAUGAUUCGUGAGCGGAUCCCGGAGGCCGUGGCUGGCCCUCCCAGCGACUUUGGGCUAUUUCUGUCAGAUGAUGACCCCAAAAAAGGUAUAUGGCUGGAGGCUGGGAAAGCUCUGGACUACUACAUGCUCCGAAAUGGGGACACCAUGGAGUACAGGAAGAAACAGAGACCCCUGAAGAUCCGGAUGUUAGAUGGAACUGUGAAGACGAUCAUGGUGGAUGACUCCAAGACUGUCACUGACAUGCUCAUGACCAUCUGUGCCCGAAUUGGCAUCACCAACCAUGAUGAAUAUUCACUGGUUCGAGAGCUGAUGGAAGAGAAAAAGGACGAGGGGACCGGGACCCUAAGAAAAGACAAGACCCUGUUGCGAGAUGAGAAGAAGAUGGAGAAACUUAAGCAGAAAUUGCACACAGAUGAUGAGUUGAACUGGCUGGACCAUGGGCGGACCCUGAGGGAACAGGGAGUAGAGGAGCACGAGACACUGUUGCUGCGGAGAAAGUUCUUCUACUCAGACCAGAAUGUGGAUUCCCGGGACCCUGUACAGCUGAACCUUCUCUAUGUGCAGGCACGAGAUGACAUCCUGAAUGGCUCCCACCCCGUCUCCUUUGACAAGGCCUGUGAAUUUGCAGGCUUCCAAUGCCAGAUACAGUUUGGACCUCACAAUGAGCAGAAGCACAAAGCUGGUUUCCUUGACCUGAAGGACUUCCUACCCAAGGAGUAUGUGAAGCAGAAGGGAGAGCGGAAGAUCUUUCAGGCACACAAGAACUGUGGGCAGAUGAGUGAAAUUGAGGCCAAGGUACGCUAUGUGAAGCUGGCCCGUUCCCUCAAGACUUACGGCGUCUCCUUCUUCCUAGUCAAGGAAAAGAUGAAGGGGAAGAAUAAACUAGUGCCCAGGCUGCUGGGCAUCACUAAGGAGUGUGUGAUGCGUGUGGAUGAGAAGACGAAGGAGGUGAUCCAGGAAUGGAGCCUCACCAACAUCAAACGCUGGGCUGCCUCUCCCAAGAGCUUUACUUUGGACUUUGGAGACUAUCAGGAUGGUUACUACUCAGUACAGACGACUGAAGGAGAGCAGAUCGCACAGCUCAUUGCCGGCUACAUCGAUAUCAUCCUUAAGAAGAAAAAAAGCAAGGACCACUUUGGGCUGGAAGGAGAUGAAGAGUCUACUAUGUUGGAGGACUCGGUGUCUCCCAAAAAGUCGACAGUCCUUCAGCAGCAGUAUAACCGGGUAGGGAAAGUGGAGCAUGGCUCUGUGGCUCUGCCAGCCAUCAUGCGCUCUGGAGCCUCUGGUCCUGAGAAUUUCCAAGUGGGUAGCAUGCCACCUGCCCAGCAGCAGAUUACCAGUGGCCAGAUGCACCGAGGACACAUGCCGCCUUUGACGUCAGCCCAGCAGGCGCUCACUGGCACCAUUAACUCCAGCAUGCAGGCUGUACAUGCUGCCCAGGCUGCUCUGGAUGACUUCGACACACUGCCUCCUCUCGGCCAGGACGCUGCCUCCAAAGCUUGGCGUAAGAACAAGAUGGACGAAUCAAAGCAUGAGAUCCAUUCCCAGGUAGAUGCCAUCACGGCUGGUACUGCCUCCGUGGUGAACCUGACAGCAGGAGACCCCGCAGAGACAGACUAUACCGCGGUGGGCUGUGCAGUCACCACCAUCUCCUCCAACCUGACGGAGAUGUCCCGCGGGGUGAAGUUGUUGGCCGCCCUCUUGGAGGACGAAGGCGGCAAUGGCCGGCCCCUUCUCCAAGCAGCCAAGGGCCUUGCAGGGGCAGUGUCAGAACUGCUCCGCAGUGCUCAGCCAGCCAGCGCUGAGCCCCGUCAGAACCUGCUGCAAGCAGCUGGGAACGUGGGCCAGGCCAGUGGGGAGCUGUUGCAGCAAAUUGGGGAAAGUGACACUGACCCCCACUUCCAGGACGUCCUAAUGCAACUAGCAAAGGCAGUGGCAAGUGCUGCAGCUGCCCUGGUCCUCAAGGCCAAGAGCGUGGCCCAGCGCACAGAGGACUCAGGGCUUCAGACCCAAGUCAUUGCUGCAGCUACACAGUGUGCCCUGUCUACCUCCCAACUGGUGGCCUGUACGAAGGUGGUAGCCCCUACGAUCAGCUCACCUGUCUGCCAAGAACAGCUGGUCGAGGCUGGACGACUGGUAGCCAAAGCUGUGGAGGGCUGUGUGUCUGCCUCCCAGGCAGCCACAGAAGAUGGACAGCUGUUGCGAGGGGUAGGAGCCGCAGCCACAGCUGUCACCCAGGCCCUCAAUGAGCUGCUGCAGCACGUGAAGGCCCAUGCCACAGGAGCUGGGCCUGCUGGCCGAUACGACCAGGCCACUGACACCAUCCUCACCGUCACUGAAAACAUCUUCAGCUCCAUGGGUGAUGCUGGGGAGAUGGUACGACAGGCCCGCAUCCUGGCCCAAGCCACCUCGGACCUGGUCAAUGCCAUCAAGGCCGAUGCUGAGGGGGAGAGUGAUCUGGAGAACUCUCGGAAGCUCCUGAGUGCUGCCAAGAUCCUUGCUGAUGCCACUGCCAAGAUGGUGGAGGCUGCCAAGGGAGCAGCUGCCCACCCUGACAGUGAGGAACAGCAGCAGCGGCUGCGGGAAGCAGCUGAGGGGCUCCGCAUGGCCACCAAUGCAGCUGCACAGAAUGCCAUCAAGAAAAAGUUGGUGCAGCGCCUGGAGCAUGCAGCCAAGCAAGCUGCAGCCUCUGCUACGCAGACCAUCGCUGCAGCCCAGCAUGCAGCCUCUGCCCCCAAGGCCUCUGCAGGCCCCCAGCCCCUGCUGGUACAGAGCUGCAAGGCCGUGGCAGAGCAGAUUCCAUUGCUGGUACAGGGCGUCCGAGGAAGCCAAGCUCAACCUGACAGCCCCAGUGCUCAGCUCGCCCUCAUUGCUGCCAGCCAGAGCUUCCUGCAGCCAGGUGGGAAGAUGGUGGCGGCUGCCAAAGCCUCAGUGCCAACGAUUCAGGACCAGGCUUCGGCAAUGCAGCUGAGUCAGUGUGCAAAGAACCUGGGCACUGCUCUGGCAGAACUUCGCACUGCUGCCCAGAAGGCUCAGGAGGCAUGUGGACCUUUGGAGAUGGAUUCUGCACUGAGUGUCGUACAGAAUCUAGAGAAAGACCUGCAGGAAGUAAAGGCAGCAGCUCGAGAUGGCAAGCUUAAACCCUUACCCGGGGAAACAAUGGAGAAGUGUGCCCAAGAUCUUGGCAACAGCACCAAAGCAGUGAGCUCUGCCAUCGCUAAGCUGCUGGGGGAGGUUGCCCAGGGCAAUGAGAACUAUGCAGGGAUUGCAGCUCGGGAUGUGGCAGGUGGACUGCGGUCACUGGCCCAGGCUGCUCGAGGUGUAGCUGCCCUGACCUCAGAUCCUUCAGUGCAGGCCAUUGUGCUGGACACAGCCAGUGACGUCCUGGACAAGGCCAGCAGCCUCAUUGAGGAGGCAAAAAAAGCAGCUGGCCAUCCAGGGGACCCAGAGAGCCAGCAGAGACUUGCUCAGGUGGCGAAAGCUGUGACCCAGGCCCUGAACCGCUGUGUCAGCUGCCUGCCUGGCCAAAGAGAUGUGGAUAAUGCCCUCAGAGCAGUUGGAGAUGCCAGCAAGCGACUCCUGAGCGACUCGCUUCCUCCCAGCACCGGGACCUUUCAAGAAGCUCAGAGCCGACUGAACGAAGCUGCCGCUGGAUUAAAUCAGGCAGCCACAGAAUUGGUGCAGGCCUCCCGAGGAACCCCUCAGGACCUGGCUCGGGCCUCGGGUCGAUUUGGACAGGACUUCAGCACCUUCCUGGAAGCUGGGGUGGAAAUGGCAGGGCAGGCACCGAGCCAAGAGGACCGAGCCCAGGUGGUGUCCAACUUGAAGGGCAUAUCCAUGUCUUCAAGCAAACUUCUUCUGGCUGCUAAGGCCCUGUCCACAGAUCCUGCUGCUCCCAACCUCAAGAGUCAACUGGCUGCAGCUGCUAGGGCAGUGACUGACAGCAUCAACCAGCUCAUCACCAUGUGCACCCAGCAAGCACCUGGACAGAAGGAGUGUGACAAUGCCCUUCGGGAACUAGAGACAGUCCGAGAACUCCUGGAGAAUCCAGUCCAACCAAUCAACGACAUGUCUUACUUUGGUUGCUUGGACAGUGUCAUGGAGAACUCAAAGGUCCUAGGUGAGGCCAUGACUGGCAUCUCCCAAAACGCCAAGAACGGAAAUCUGCCGGAGUUUGGAGAUGCCAUUGCCACAGCCUCCAAGGCUCUCUGUGGCUUCACCGAGGCAGCUGCACAGGCAGCGUAUCUGGUUGGUGUCUCUGACCCCAAUAGCCAGGCUGGACAGCAAGGACUGGUGGAACCCACACAGUUUGCCCGGGCAAACCAGGCAAUUCAGAUGGCCUGCCAGAGUUUGGGGGAGCCCGGCUGUACCCAGGCCCAGGUGUUAUCCGCAGCCACUAUUGUGGCCAAACACACUUCUGCGCUGUGUAACAGCUGCCGCCUGGCUUCUGCUCGGACCGCCAAUCCUACUGCCAAGCGCCAGUUUGUCCAGUCAGCCAAGGAGGUGGCCAACAGUACAGCCAAUCUUGUCAAGACCAUCAAGGCACUAGAUGGGGCCUUCACAGAAGAGAAUCGUGCCCAGUGCCGAGCAGCUACAGCCCCUCUGCUGGAAGCUGUGGAUAAUCUGAGUGCCUUUGCAUCCAACCCUGAGUUCUCCAGCAUUCCUGCCCAGAUCAGCCCUGAGGGCCGAGCUGCCAUGGAGCCUAUAGUCAUCUCUGCUAAGACGAUGUUAGAGAGUGCUGGAGGGCUCAUCCAGACAGCUCGGGCACUCGCGGUCAAUCCCCGGGACCCCCCACGCUGGUCAGUGCUGGCUGGCCACUCUCGGACUGUCUCAGAUUCCAUCAAGAAACUUAUUACCAGCAUGAGAGACAAAGCCCCAGGGCAGCUGGAGUGCGAGACAGCCAUUGCAGCUCUGAACAGUUGCUUGCGGGACCUGGACCAGGCUUCUCUUGCUGCCGUGAGCCAACAGCUAGCUCCCCGGGAAGGAAUCUCCCAAGAGGCUCUGCACACGCAGAUGCUCACCGCAGUGCAGGAAAUUUCCCAUCUCAUCGAGCCGCUGGCCACCGCUGCCCGGGCCGAAGCCUCCCAGCUGGGACACAAGGUGUCCCAGAUGGCCCAGUACUUUGAACCACUCACCCUGGCUGCGGUGGGCGCUGCUUCUAAGACACUGAGCCACCCGCAGCAGAUGGCACUUCUGGACCAGACUAAAACGCUGGCAGAGUCUGCCUUGCAGUUGCUGUACACUGCCAAGGAGGCCGGUGGUAACCCCAAGCAAGCGGCACACACCCAGGAAGCCCUGGAGGAAGCCGUGCAGAUGAUGACAGAGGCUGUGGAGGACCUAACGACAACCCUCAAUGAAGCAGCCAGCGCUGCCGGGGUCGUCGGUGGCAUGGUGGACUCCAUCACCCAGGCCAUCAACCAGCUAGAUGAAGGACCUAUGGGUGAACCAGAAGGUUCGUUUGUAGAUUACCAAACAACCAUGGUGAGGACAGCCAAGGCCAUUGCUGUCACUGUUCAGGAGAUGGUGACCAAGUCCAAUACCAGCCCUGAAGAACUGGGCCCUCUCGCCAACCAGCUGACCAGUGACUAUGGCCGACUGGCCUCACAAGCCAAGCCUGCAGCUGUGGCCGCUGAAAAUGAAGAGAUAGGCGCCCAUAUCAAGCACCGAGUACAGGAGCUGGGCCAUGGCUGUUCUGCUCUGGUCACGAAGGCAGGCGCCCUGCAGUGUAGCCCCAGUGAUGUCUACACCAAGAAGGAGCUCAUAGAGUGUGCCCGGAGAGUAUCUGAGAAGGUCUCCCAUGUGCUAGCUGCGCUCCAGGCUGGGAACCGUGGAACCCAGGCCUGCAUCACAGCAGCCAGUGCUGUGUCUGGGAUUAUUGCCGACCUGGACACCACCAUCAUGUUCGCUACUGCUGGCACGCUCAACCGCGAGGGUGCCGAGACGUUCGCAGACCACCGGGAGGGUAUCUUAAAGACGGCAAAGGUUCUUGUGGAGGACACCAAAGUCCUAGUGCAGAAUGCAGCUGGGAGCCAGGAGAAGUUAGCACAAGCUGCCCAGUCCUCAGUGGCCACUAUUACCCGUCUCGCUGACGUAGUCAAGCUUGGUGCAGCCAGCCUGGGAGCUGAAGACCCAGAAACUCAGGUGGUGCUGAUCAAUGCAGUCAAGGAUGUAGCCAAGGCCCUGGGAGACCUCAUCAGUGCAACGAAGGCCGCAGCCGGCAAAGUUGGGGAUGACCCUGCAGUGUGGCAGCUCAAGAACUCCGCCAAGGUGAUGGUGACCAAUGUGACAUCAUUGCUCAAGACAGUGAAGGCUGUGGAAGAUGAGGCCACCAAAGGCACACGGGCCCUCGAGGCAACCACAGAGCACAUACGUCAGGAGCUGGCGGUCUUCUGUUCCCCAGAACCACCUGCCAAGACCUCUACCCCCGAAGAUUUCAUCCGAAUGACCAAGGGUAUUACUAUGGCAACAGCCAAAGCUGUUGCUGCUGGCAAUUCCUGCCGACAGGAAGAUGUCAUUGCCACAGCCAAUCUGAGCCGACGUGCUAUUGCAGAUAUGCUUCGGGCUUGCAAGGAAGCAGCUUUCCACCCAGAAGUGGCACCUGAUGUGCGGCUUCGAGCCCUGCACUAUGGCCGGGAAUGUGCCAACGGCUACCUGGAGCUGCUGGACCACGUGCUGCUGACCCUUCAGAAGCCAAACCCAGAACUGAAGCAGCAGUUGACAGGACACUCCAAGCGGGUGGCUGGCUCAGUGACUGAGCUCAUCCAGGCUGCUGAGGCCAUGAAAGGAACAGAAUGGGUGGACCCAGAGGACCCCACUGUUAUUGCUGAGAACGAGCUCCUGGGAGCUGCAGCUGCCAUUGAGGCUGCAGCCAAAAAGCUAGAGCAGCUGAAGCCCCGAGCCAAACCCAAGGAGGCAGAUGAGUCCUUGAACUUUGAGGAGCAGAUCCUGGAAGCUGCCAAGUCCAUUGCCGCAGCCACCAGCGCACUAGUAAAGGCCGCAUCGGCAGCCCAGAGGGAACUGGUGGCCCAGGGAAAGGUGGGCGCCAUCCCAGCCAAUGCACUGGAUGAUGGGCAGUGGUCCCAGGGCCUCAUCUCCGCUGCCCGUAUGGUGGCUGCGGCCACCAAUAAUCUGUGUGAGGCAGCCAAUGCAGCUGUCCAGGGCCAUGCUAGUCAGGAGAAACUCAUUUCCUCAGCCAAGCAGGUUGCUGCCUCCACAGCCCAGCUCCUGGUAGCUUGCAAGGUCAAAGCCGACCAAGACUCUGAGGCAAUGAAACGACUUCAGGCUGCAGGCAAUGCAGUGAAGAGGGCCUCAGAUAACUUGGUGAAGGCGGCCCAGAAGGCUGCAGCCUUUGAGGACCAGGAGAACGAGACGGUGGUGGUGAAGGAGAAAAUGGUUGGGGGCAUUGCCCAGAUUAUCGCAGCCCAGGAAGAGAUGCUUCGGAAGGAGCGAGAGUUGGAAGAGGCACGGAAGAAGCUCGCCCAGAUCCGGCAGCAGCAGUACAAGUUUUUGCCUUCAGAGCUUCGAGAUGAGCACUAGGGAAGCCGCUUCUAUUUAAUGCAGACCCAGCCCAGAGACUGUGCCUGCCACUACCAAAGCCUCCUGGGCUGCCGGGGCCCAGCCUGCCCAAUCCCAGCACUUCCCCAAAGUGCCUGCCAAACCCGGGCCUGGCCCUGCCCAGUCCCCCCCCCCCCCCCCCCCCCCCCCCCCC